AUGCCCCAGCUUAACCCCGCACCUUGGUUUAUAAUCCUAGUUUUUUCUUGAAUAGUGUUUUUGACAAUUAUUCCCCCAAAAGUCUUAGCCCAUACCUUCCCCAAUGAACCCACCCCACAAAGCACACAAAAACCUAAAACAGAAUCCUGAAACUGACCAUGAUACUAA